UCUUUAUAUUCUAUUUCAUAUUCACCUUGCGUUACCAAAAUGACCAAUACUGACAUUCUCUUCAAGACUCUCGAACAACAGUUCUUGUUACCCAAAGACAAACUUAGCCCUAUUAUCCAAGGUUUUAUGGAAGAAUUCAAGACAGGUCUAAAGACGCCCUCCAAGGGAUUAGCCACGAUGAUUCCGUCAUUCGUAACCCGAUUACCGAAUGGCAAUGAGACCGGUACUUUUCUAUCACUUGACCUAGGUGGAACCAACCUCCGCAUCUCUGCGGUCGAGUUACUUGGAAACGGACAGGUUCAGGUCCUUGAGUUGAAGCGCUGUCCAGACACACAACUCAAGACUGGUAAAGGUUCGGUCUUCUUUGAUUGGAUUGCGGAUGCAGUCAAGGAGCUUGUUACAGUCAAAGCCAGUCAUCUUUUCACACCAGACCAAGUCAGUGGAAAGGAGACGUUAUUGCUAGGUGUAUGCUGGAGUUUCCCUGUAGAUCAGACAGCAGUAGAUCGUGGCACUAUAUUGAGAAUGGGCAAAGGAUUCACACUUGAAAACACAGAAGGAAAUGAUCUUGGUGACAUGUUCCACAAAGCAUUUGAACGCAAGGGUCUCAACAUUAGAGUGAGUGCCAUUCUGAAUGAUACUGUAGGUACUCUGGUUGCCCAUGCCUAUUCGAACCCUCGUACUCGCAUAGGAUUGAUCUAUGCUACAGGUAUAAAUGGUGCGUACCCUGAAAAGGUGUCUGCGAUCCAAAAACUGAGUGCCAGUAUCAGAGAUGCCUAUAAGCCCGGGACUGAAAUGCUCAUUAAUACCGAAAUCGAUAUCUUUGGAAACGAUUCCUAUCUACCCUUGAAUAAGUACGACCUUGUACUGGACAACAGCCACAAUCAGCCACGAUUUCAACUAUAUGAGAAGAUGAUGUCUGGGGCUUAUCUUGGAGAAUUGACUCGGCUGGUUGCGCUUGAUUUCAUCAAAGAGGGAUCUUUAUUUGAAGGUGUUGUUCCAGAGGGUCUUGAAGAACCAUGGUCAUUCCCCACAAUGUACAUGAGUACCCUUGAAAGAGAUUCUACUGUAGGUCAUGAAAAGAGUCUAGAGACCCUGAGUGGCUAUCAUUUUGUAAACACUCCCACACUUCAAGAUAUCGCCAUCCUGACCCGCAUCUGCCGAACAGUGUCUACCCGUAGUGCAUCACUUGCUUCGGUUGCUAUUGCUUCAAUGAUCCAACAACAGAAUCUCAUCAAAGGUGACCAAGACAUCAUUGUAGGAGUCAAUGGAUCCACAUAUGAAUUCUAUCCAUUUAUGGAGGAGCGUAUUCACCGGACACUCCGUGAGUGGUUUGGCGUCGAGAUCUCUGACCGGAUCAGACUCGAGGUUGCUAGAGAUGGUGGAAGUAUAGGUGGUGCUCUUAUUGCCAUGUUGUGCUGUCCUUAGAUUAUCAAUUAACAUACAUACAUACAUACAUACAUACAUACAUACAUAUAUAUGUGUGUGUGUGUGGCUUGUUUCUUUCAUUAUUAGAAUCGUUCUUAUUUUUACAUAUAUAUAUAUAUAUAUAUUCACUCUUUAUAAAUAAUUGUCAAAUAUAUUGUGAACAAAUAGGUCUAUUGUU